UCCCUCCACAUGCCAUGGGACAUCCAUCAUCCAUAGAUAGGCAUGCGGGAUAUAGGUAGAUGGAAUGGGAGCAUGAUAUAAUGCCCCAUGCGAUGUGCGUCUGCAUGGUCAUCCAUCCAUGCCCUUCCGCCACCACCGUCGCUCAUUUCCGAUGCCCUCUCCUCCUAAUUAAAGAUACGCACCUUCUUACAGAAAGAGGUCGAGGGGGGGAGUGCCGGCGCAAUGGCGCACCUCCCUCCCAAGAUCCCUCAUUCCGCCAUGAUCGUCUCCAACGCUAACUGCUGGCCGCCGCCAGAGGGUUUCCUCCUCCCCUCCACCGCCGGCACCGCGCUGCCUCAUCGGCCCUCGUGGGUCGACGAGUUCCUCGACUUCUCCGCCGCCAAGCGCAGCCACCACCGCCGCUCCGCCAGCGACUCCGCCGCCUUCCUCGAACAUCCCCCUGGAGCCUCCGAAGACUCCGCCUCCGAAUUCGACGCCGACCAGCUGCUGUCGCUCUUCUCCGACGACGUCGUCGCGCCCGCGCCCUCCGACCACAACAGCAUCAACGGGGACGACGACGAUAAGGCGGCCGCGCAGAAGCAGAGUGCCAACGAGGCUCAGAGCGCGUGCCCGGCGGAGCCUCCGCAGCACUCCGCCGGCGCCGAUGCCACAAUUUCGGAUCCUAAGAGGGUCAAAAGAAUCCUGGCGAAUCGGCAGUCGGCGCAGAGGUCGCGGGUGAGGAAGCUUCAAUACAUCUCCGAGCUCGAGCACAGCGUGACGACGUUGCAGACGGAAGUGUCGGCAUUGUCUCCGCGGGUAGCGUUCUUGGAUCAGCAGCGGUCGCUGCUGACGCUGGGCAACAGCCAUCUCAAGCAGCGUAUCGCCGUAUUGGCACAGGACAAGAUCUUCAAGGACGCUCAUCAAGAGGCGUUGAAGAAGGAGAUCGAGAGACUGCGACAAGUCUACCAGCAGCAGAAUCUAACGACAAUGUUGCCGCCGGCCGCCGAACCAGCCGUCGUCGGCACAGAACAGGAACUCAUCACCAGCUGACAUCUAUUGUUACGUCAUGCAUGGAGAUUUUUUUUUCUUUUUCUUUUUCUUUUUCUUUUUGGGAUGAGAUUUAAAUGUACUUUUUUAUAUCAUUUAUUUAAAUUUGGCGAAGGGAAAACAAGGGAUGGGGACGUGAAACGAGGAAACCAAAAAAAAAAAAAAAAAAUUCUGAGCGGUGAUCAUGAUCAAGCUUUCAGAGGGGAGGCAUGUAACGGAGCAUUUGGUGUAAAUUUCUACAUGGAUUGAUUUAUCUUUUGCAAUUUUUUUA